GUGACGAUAAGCUGCCAGCGUCUAUCUCUCGCUUCGGUGAUGCUAUCCAUUCCGGUACUCUCAGCCCGGUCUUCUGUGCUUUUUCAACCAUAAACGACAUGGAUUGCAGAACCGAGAAGAAAGAACAUCGCCUGAGCAGCCUGAUAACGACGACCAAUACUGAUACGGCCAUUGAAUGGACUGAAUCGCCAAUGAAAAAUAUCCCUUCUACUGCGAAUUACGGGUUUUUCAUGUCUCGGGCGUGGCAGACGACGACCACGGCAACCGUGACACCGAUAGUAUGCGCAUGUCAGAUUACACUGGGAGCAGUCGAGACCGUGAGUCCUUCUACUCUGACUACCACAUAAGCCUAUCCUCCAUCCGGUACUCUUUGGGCAGACUGGACGGCCGUAAUGACAUGCUGCCAGGCAUUUUAACCAGCGUCUGCAGGUGCAAAUGUUUACAUAUCGUCAGUAUUCUCACGAACACUGUUUGGCAAGUAUCGCUGGUCUUCGCCGCCUGGCUCGGGAGUACGCCGACAACCGGCAUCUUACCACAGGGUAGGCAAGGGGGUAUCACAGUUGAGUGCGGGCAGACUCAAACUCAGACGCCGAUGUCUAUCAGUCUAAUAUCCGCGAACUAGGAUAAGCCUCAUGGAUCUAAUGAACGGUUUCGAAGCCCUUGAC